CCCGUGAAUUCAAAGUUUCCGCGGAGCCCUCACCUACACCCCCACCCCAAGAGCGGCAGCCGACCGACCAGUCCAUCCAACAAGGCACUCCGCUUAGGUUCUCCCCCCUCGCGUCACCGUGCUGCACUCGAUCCCAUUUCCUCUACGAACCGCCACACUCCGACACCAGCACCCUCGCUGCCUUCCAUCUUGAACCCAGAACCAGCUAGUUCUACCAAUCGCCGAACCCCUUCCCAAGCCCAAGGCUCUGAUCAUGGCCGACCCUAAAGAAAAACCGCCUCGGAAGAGUAAGGCGCGAGAGUCGACCCGCAAGGACGCGGAGGGCAACACUCGAAAAGACUCGCGACGCUUGUCGUCGAACCACGCUAAGGAUACGCCCACGCGGGCACCUAAGAGACAAGCCAACGGUCAAGUCAAGCCCAGAGCCCUCUCGGCCGACAAGGAAAAGAAGAUCCAGAACCUGAUCGACCAACUCGAUGCCGAGAUGGAAGACGUUGAUCUAUCCGAGCUCGAGGUCGAAGAAGAAUUCUUCCACGGGCGUUUGAAGAAGCGUAGGUUAGAUCUUGAAGAGACUGAACACAAAGACCGCUUAGUCAGACGGGGCGACAUGGCGUCGUCCCUGUCGGGAAAGCUACGAGACCAUGCGAGCCAUGGGAGGCGUCGGUACGACGCGAUUCACUUCGAGGGCGCGCUUCACGAGGUACGGGAGCGUGAAAUAUUCGCCGAAAAGGAACGAAAGAAGGACAUGCAACGCAAGCGGCGGCGGGAGAAGUCCAUGCAAGUUACCAUAGAGCAGAAAGAGGCAGCGUUGGCCAAGGCGCUUGCUGCCGAAGACGACGCCGAACGCGCCAAAUAUUUACGUGACGCAGAGCGCGCCAAUAAGAAGGCGCAACAAACCAAGCUGAUCCUGCAAAAGGGCAUCAAAGGCCCCGCGCGCAAUCUCGCACCUCUCGAUCUCAACCUCGAGGGUGGUACCAUGUCCACAUUCCAGGCCACAGACUUGGAGACGAACGGCAAGGCCAAAGGCAAAGGCCGCAGCGGCAACCGUCCCAAGAAGUCGAAGGAGCAGAAACAAGCGGAGAAGGAUUCAGCCAUCGCUGCCCAAGCUGCUCUGGACGCGGGCGAAGAGCUUCCAUCGAAAGAGGAGACCAAGAUCCGCAUCAAGCUGAGCAAGAACUCGACUAAAGAGCCCAAAGAGAAGGACAAGGAGAAGGAUGCUAAGGAAACGGCUGCGAAGGAACCGAAGGAGAAAGAGAAGGCCGCCGAGGAGCCUCCCGCCAAUCCCCUCGAGACCAAGUUCCAAUCCAAGGGCUACAACCAGAUUUACGACCAGAUCUGGCGCGACCUCGCUCGCAAGGACGUCCCGAAGGCCUACAAGCUGGCUAGCGAUUCGUACAGCACCAAGGCAUCAAAUCUUAAGAAGACGGCCAUACUGGCGUCUAAGGAGGCCAAACGCUGGCAGCUCCGCACCAACAAGGGAACGAAGGACCUCCAGGCUCGUGCAAAGCGCUGUAUGCGUGAUAUGAUGAGCUUCUGGAAGCGCAAUGAGCGCGAGGAGCGCGACCUACGCAAGGCGGCGGAGAGGCAGGAGCUCGAGAACGCUCGCAAGGAGGAGGCCGACCGUGAAGCCGCCCGCCAGAAGAGGAAACUUAACUUCUUGAUCUCCCAAACCGAGCUGUACUCCCACUUCAUCGGCAAGAAGAUCAAGACGGACGAAGUUGAACGCAGCACCGACAACCCCGAUAUCGCGCCAGAUUCCGGCUCCGUAUCGAAAUCCGCUCACGUCGAUGUCGCAGAACCGUCCGGCCCCAUCGGCGCUAAAGUUACGGAUUUCAACCAGCUGGAUUUCGACGCAGCCGACGAAGAGACCCUCAAGGCUGCUGCCAUGGCGAAUGCACAGAACGCCAUCGCAGAAGCCCAGCAGAAAGCGCGAAGCUUUAACAAGACGGAGAACGACAUGGACGAAGACGGCGAGAUGAAUUUCCAGAACCCCACUGGUCUCGGUGACGUGACUGUCGAACAACCGAAGCUGCUGAACUGUCAACUCAAGGAAUACCAGCUCAAGGGCCUGAAUUGGCUUGCCAAUCUCUACGAACAAGGGAUCAACGGCAUCCUCGCAGAUGAAAUGGGUCUCGGCAAGACGGUGCAGUCUAUAUCCGUCAUGGCCUACCUAGCCGAGGUCCACGACAUCUGGGGCCCCUACCUCGUCGUCGCGCCGGCUUCUACUUUGCACAACUGGCAGCAGGAGAUUUCGAAGUUCGUGCCCGAGUUCAAGGUCCUCCCGUACUGGGGUACCGCUAGCGACCGAAAGGUGCUGCGCAAGUUCUGGGACCGCAAGCACAACACCUACCGCAAGGACGCGCCCUUCCACAUCCUUAUUACCUCUUACCAGCUGGUCGUGUCAGACGUCGCCUACUUCCAAAAGAUGCGCUGGCAAUACAUGAUACUCGACGAAGCCCAGGCCAUCAAGAGCUCCCAAAGCUCGCGAUGGAAGUGCCUGCUCGGAUUCCACUGCCGCAAUCGGCUCCUACUCACUGGUACCCCCAUUCAGAACAACAUGCAGGAGCUCUGGGCCCUUCUACACUUCAUCAUGCCCUCCCUGUUCGACUCACACGACGAGUUUAGCGAGUGGUUCUCGAAGGAUAUCGAGUCCCACGCCCAGAGCAAUACCACGCUGAACGAAGACCAGCUCCGGCGACUGCAUUUGAUCCUCAAGCCGUUCAUGCUGCGUCGUGUCAAGAAGCAUGUACAGAAGGAGCUUGGCGACAAGAUCGAGCUUGACGUAUUCUGCGAGCUCACCUACCGACAACGGGCUUAUUACAGGAACUUGAGGAACCAGAUCAGCAUUAUGGAUCUGAUCGAAAAGGCGACCCUCGGCGACGACCAAGAUUCGGGCACUUUGAUGAAUCUCGUCAUGCAGUUCCGAAAAGUUUGCAACCACCCCGACCUGUUCGAGCGCGCCGAUACGACGAGCCCGUUCUUCGCCGGCUAUUUCGCCGAGACGGCUUCGUUUGUCCGCGAGGGCAGCAACGUGUCAGUCGGCUACUCGACCAGAAACCUGAUCGACUAUCAGCUGCCACGCCUGGUCUGGACCGAAGGCGGCCGGCUACACAAGCCUGGAAAGGACAAUGCCAGGGCCGGUUUUAGGAACAAGUACUUGAAUCACCUCAUGAACAUCUGGACCCCCGAAAACGUGCGAGAAAGCCUGCGUGGAAACGAGGCGUUCUCGUUCCUUCGCUUCGCCGGUGCUAGCCCCGACGACGUCUACAAGAUCAAUCGCCAAGACCUCUUCUGGCGAGCUGCGGACCUCGCCCAAAAGGAGGAGCGUCUCGGCCGGAUGAAUGUGCUAUACGACGAGCCGGGCGAGGAGAAUUACGUUCCCGCCCACUCCUUAUUCCAAAUCAAGGCGCGUUCGGACCGCAGACCCCUAGCCGAGAUCACGACCGAAGGCGUGCUAGAUAGCCUGAUGAACAUUUCGCGCACGACGUGGCGUGAUUCCGGACUCGGCCGUCUCGAGCCAGGCGCCUUACCCGGCGCGUCCGCCCCUCCUAUUGAGGUUUCGUGCAUGGGCACCCGAGGUCCCGUCGCCGAGCGCGAAGACACACUGUUCAACGUGCGAGUGCGCAAGAGCCUGUUCGGACCUAGCCUGAUGGAAGAGAAGGCACUGGUAUUGCGGAAUGUCCCGAUCGAGCGAUACCCGGCACCUGCGACGUUUCCGCAACCGGAUAACGAGAAGCGACGUUUUACGAACAUCACUGUUCCUAGCAUGCGCCGGUUCGUCACCGACAGUGGAAAAUUGGCCAAAUUGGAUCAGUUGCUUUUCAAAUUGAAGGAGGAGGGCCACCGUGUGCUGCUGUACUUCCAGAUGACGAGGAUGAUCGAUCUCAUGGAGGAAUACCUCACCUACCGCAACUACAAAUACUGUCGACUCGACGGGUCUACGAAGCUGGAGGAUCGUCGCGAUACCGUGCACGAUUUCCAGACGCGCCCCGACAUCUUUGUCUUCCUUCUCUCAACCCGCGCGGGUGGUCUCGGUAUCAACCUCACGUCCGCUGACACGGUAAUCUUCUACGACAGCGACUGGAACCCUACGAUAGACUCGCAGGCCAUGGACCGUGCGCACCGUCUUGGACAGACGAAGCAAGUUACCGUCUAUCGUCUCAUCACGCGCGGCACAAUCGAGGAACGCAUCCGGAAGCGUGCAAUGCAGAAGGAAGAAGUGCAGCGCGUCGUUAUUCAAGGUGGCGGCGCUAGGGGUGUGGACUUUAGCGGUCGUCGCCCGCCAGAGAACCGCAACCGCGAUAUCGCGAUGUGGCUCGCCGACGACGAACAGGCCGAGCUAAUCGAGCGACGCGAGAAGGAAUUGCUCGAGAGCGGCGAGCUGGACAAGGCAUCGAAGAAGCGAGGUAGCAAUAAGCGAAAGCGGGAGGCGGUGAGCCUAGACGAGAUGUAUCACGAAGGCGAGGGGCAUUUCGACGACGGCAAUAAGCCGUCCGGCACCGCCACACCAGUUGAGCCUGCAGAUGGCAAGGCCGCGAAGAAGCGACGCGGAGGCAGCAAGAAGGCCAAGACAACCAAGCAGCGGCUCGCCAUCGCUGACGGCGAGAUCGAUAUUUGAGCAGUGACACGCACAGCCGUGGGACGCCAAUUAGCGGAUUUCGCGAGAGGGGCUUGCUACGCCAUGUACAAAAACACAACAAAAUACAGUGAGGCGUUGCGUCGGCAUCAGUUUCAUUUGCAGGGGCAGAGUACCAAGGAAAAUCGCUAUAUCAUUAGAGCUAAUUAAGAAUCCAUUCGAGACAGGGAGGACAUUUGGUGAAGGUUACGAGAAGGAGAAAAGAACAU